AUGGCUGAACCAAUGGAAGUCUCAUCACCUGAGCACUCCCGUAAACGCUCCCUACCAGACGAUGACCAGACAUCGGUUUCCAAAUCAGAGAGCCAGGUCCCUACUCCUCCUCUCACUGCCAGUCCCAACAACAAAGACUCUAUCCGCCAGCCCAGUCCAGCACCCAGCACUUCGACAUUGAGCAGUGCUCCAUCAGGAGAGAACAACCAACCGGCUGACCCCAACGCUCCACCGAAGAAACGGAGAAAGUACACACCAGCCGAGAAAGAAGAAAGACGCCUGGAGAAGGAGCAGAAAGACAAGGAGAGAGCCGAGUUGAAGAUCAAGAGAGACGAGGAGAAACAGAAGAAGGACGAGGAAAAGCAGAAGAGGAGGAAAAGCAGAAGAAAGCACGAGUACGUUCUGCAUGCACAACCCAAGAUCGCUUCUUUCUUCAAGAUGCCCUCCUCGCAAAAGUCGCCAGCCACGCCAACACAGAUACAACCUUCUCCGGCUAGACAAGAUAGCACCAGCUCCCAGCCUUUCGAUGGCGAUUCACCUCAACAGACCCAGAGCGACUACCGCAAGACGUUCUUGCCAUUUCAACUCAAGGCACAUACCAAGUGUGCACCUCACAUUCUCUCAAUUCGUUCCGACGAGCUAGAGACUUCACAACACGAGAUGGACAAAGUCCUACAACGCCUUCCAACGACGACAACGCCCAUAUCCUCCUUGAGUACUCUCUUCGCCAAGGAAAGAUCGCGUUCACGCGGCCUCUGGCAGCCCACGGCCCGGGAGGUCAUUGAGUCGUUGCAAGGCUCAUCACAGGCCCCGAUCGACCUGACCGACGAAUCGGGAGAGCACUACCGCCCGACCGACCUCCUGGGCGCUCUCGUCGUCCGUCAUCUCCACUUUGGUGAGGACGUCAGACCAGCAUACUUUGGUACCUACUCUCGAAAGGUCUCUUCGUCAGACGCCGUCAAACUUCGCAAGAACCCAUUCAGCAAGCUCCGCAAGGAUACUGAUUACGACUACGACUCCGAGGCUGAAUGGGAGGAGCCAGAAGAAGGUGAGGACAUUGGUUCGGAGGGCGAAGAUGACGAGGAGAGUGUGGGCGACGCGGAAGAGAUGGACGACUUUAUGGACGAUGACGCCACAGACAACAAACGACACAUGAUCACGGGUGAUCUCAAGCCGGUCAGCACAGGUCUGUGUUGGGAAGAUGCUAAGGGCCUAUCGAGUCUCUCACACGAAGAAUCCUCUGUCGAUCUCGACAGCAUGAAGAUUGACUUCUUCAUCCCUCUCACCCAACCUUCCAUCAACCCCUUCUCUACAAGCUAUUGGCAGACCGCGACGGUGCCAGUCGUUGCUGCUGCUAAGACAAGCGGUGGUCAGAUGCAGCUGGAUGGCAAGAUGAAACCACCAAAGGCACCUCUCAUGCCGCGAUCAAAUACUAAUGACACCAUGACCAUCAUUGGCGCCUCUAGCGGCAUGAAAGGACCUAUCAUGAGUGUGGCCUCUACAAAGGCUGCAAAGCUAGCUCCCAAGCCUCUGCAAGGAUCAGAGUUGGCCGAGUUCAAGGAUGCUGUUGAUGGCAGCAACCUCACCAAGGUCGAUCUGUUGAAAGCUCUGAAGAAGAGAUUCCCCAAACACACCAACGACACCAUCAAGGCAACUCUAUCAAGUUGCUUCGCUCGCAUCGGCCAGUACGAAGCCGACAAGGUCUGGAAGGCCGUUGCUGCCUAG